AGGUGGGCUCCGCCCCAGAGACUCCUUCCUCACAACGUGGUUGCGGAGUGCGGGUCGCUGCUAGGAGUUUUAACUGGUAUUUUUUUUUCGUUUGUCAGGAUUAAGCGUUAAGUACCACUUGGUCUGAGCACGGCUCUAAGUAUCAUGCAGCUGCAGGCUAGGCCAGGAAAUCUGAGCUCUCGAGCCACAGUUGCUGCAUCUUCGUUUAUGCAUCUUCAAAACAAACAUUAAGAGGAAACCGUCACAAAUCUGGGGCCUCUCCCUAGCGGCAUCCAGGGGAGACGUGGAGCCAAAGAGCGGAUCUAGCCAGCUGGCCGCCAUGAAUGAAUGGAUGAAGAAAGGCCCCUUAGAAUGGAAAAAUUACACUUACAAAGAAGUCAGAGUGACAGCGAGUGAGAAGGAGUAUAAAGGAUGGGUUUUAACCACAGACCCAGUCUCUGCCAAUAUCGUCCUCGUGAACUUCCUUGAAGAUGGAAGCAUGUCUGUGACCGGAAUUAUGGGACAUGCUGUGCAGACUGUUGAAACUGUGAAUGAAGGGAACCACAGGGUACGAGAGAAGCUGAUGCAUUUGUUCACAUCUGGAGACUGCGAGGCAUACAGCGCUGAGGAUCUGGAAGAGAGAAAGAACAGCCUGAAGAAAUGGCUUGAGAAAAACCACAUCCCCAUCACUGAACAAGGAGAUUCACAAAGGACUCUGUGUGUGGCUGGGGUCUUAACUAUAGACCCACCAUAUGGUCCAGAAAAUUGCAGCAGUUCUAAUGAGAUUAUUCUGUCCCGUGUUCAGGAUCUUAUUCAAGGACAUCUUGCAGCUUCCCAAUGAGAGGCCAAGAAUAAUGGAUGCACUGAAAUGAGACUUCAUUUUUUUGUUUUGUUUUUGUUUUGAAUGUCAAGUCCAUCAUAUAGGUCUUUUAAGGCACACAAGUAUGUGUGUGUAAAUUUUAAUUCUUUGUUUUGGUAAAAUCAGAGAUGUGGAUUAUGAGUGCUAAUAAGUGAAUUGGGGCAAGAAUAGCAUCACAUGCAACAAAAUUAGCAGAGGGACAUCAUAACUAUAAAAGUCUUUUCUUUGAUGGGGCCACACCUCCAUUUUUGUUAGGCAAGAAAUGUUUUUGGAAAAAAUGUAAGAUGUUAAAUUCAAUAUAAAAUGUUAAGUCCUGUGUGU